UCUAAGUGCCUGCAUAUCAAGCGUCAUGAGCAGCCGGAGUAUCAAAUAACUCCCUUCCAGAAGCUUCUCUCUAAAAUGGAGGACCUGCUGAUUUUCUUCCUCGGAAACAGAUACCGAAGAAAACUCGCGUUGGGUUUCAAGAAAGAGAAAGGGCAUCAUAAAACUGGAUCCACUCAAUUGUGUAAAGGGCAGUAGUGCCCAUGACCUAACUAAAGAUGGUAGAGACAGUUCUAUGGCAACUGGCCAAUGGAGUCAAAAGAGGUGUGAUGAGAAGACGGCAGUGGUUCAAGCAGAAAUGGAUAGAAUGACCAAACUUCCUGCACACAGUAACUAUGCAACACAUCGCAUGCGUGUACUCAACAAAAUUCUGCACCUAAUUUCCAUUCAGAGGAGUUCCUCACAGGAUGAGGAGCUGGAGCUGCUUUUUUCUGGCCUUUCUUUGUGAAAACUGAAGUAACCUGUAUAAAACUGAACAUGCGGUGCAGUUUCCAUUUCUAUCCGAUCAUUACAUGAGAAUGACACAAGCAUGUGUGGAUAUUCUGGUGUUCCCGCACCUAUCACUCGUGAAUACACACAAGCUUCUGUGUUUGCCUAUUUGGACGUACCUUGUACAUAUAGACUUUAGCGGUAGCAUCUUCAAACUAAAACCCUUGUGGGGACAGAUUUUUGGUUUUCUUGUUAAGUGAGAACUGCAUCCAUUUAUGGUUUUCUUUGCUUCUAAUCA